AUGCACUUUGAUGGUGUUGCACAACGUGAUGGAGCUAGUGCUGGUGUGGUGUUUGUUACUCCACAAGAAGAAGUUCUACCAUACUCCUUUACUCUGACACAAUGUUGCUACAACAAUGUCGCUGAAUAUCAAGCAUUAAUACUUGGACUUGAAAUAGUAGUCGACAUGAAGCAGUUGCAGUUACAAGUAUUUGGUGACUCUCCGUUGGUGAUCAAUCAACUCUUGGGAAGCUAUGAAGUCAGGAAGCCUAAAUUACUCCCCAAUCAUGGUUAUGCUCAGAAGUUGAUAGGAUGGCUUGGUGAUGUGACUCUUCAGCACGUUCUAAGGAAGGAAAAUAAGAAAGCCAAUACUUUAGCUGCUCUAGCUUCAACGCUAACUCUGCCAGAUCAAACACAAGUGACUAUCUACCAAAAAUGGGUAGUACCUUCACCAAAUAAGGAUAAAGGCACGGAAAAUGAGCAUGAGCAUCUCGUAGCUAUUUCUGAAGCUGCAAAGGAAGACUGGCAAAAACCCAUCAUUGACUACUUGAGUUAUGGGAUAUUGCCAGAAGACUCAAGAAGAAGAACUGAGAUUCGUCGUCGUGCACCUUGA